ACAUGGUCUGAAUGGUGGACGUACGAGGGGAUAUCUGGGCCACAGUAUUGGAGUUUGGUGAACAAUGAUUGGCUGUUGUGUGCUAAGGGUAAGAGACAAUCACCAAUCAACAUCGACCCUAGAGAACUACUCUACGAUCCAAACCUUGAUAAAGUUAAAGUUGAUAAUCACACGAUGAAUGGCUUUCUGAUGAACACGGGGCAACAUUUGAAGUUCCAAGUGGCCACGAACGUUUCACCCCCGAUGAACUGGGUGAACAUAAGUGGCGGACCAUUAGCAUACAAGUACAUGAUCACAGACGUUUAUUUCCAUUUUGGUUCCACUAACAACCAAGGCUCCGACCAUGCCGUAGACAACAUCACAUUCCCACUGGAGAUCCAGAUAAUGGGAUACAACACGGAUCUUUAUGGUAACGUGUCACACGCUCUUGAGUCAACCAAUGGCAUUGCAAUCAUUAGUCUACUGGGACAGAUAGAUAAGAGGUCGAACACAGAACUGGACACGUUGCUGAAAAAAGUGGAACUUAUCAAAGAACAAGGUGAGUGUAUUAACGUGGAGAACAUAAGCAUACACGGAUUACUCCCAAACACGGAAAAUUACGUCACUUACGAGGGAUCGAUCCCAUUUCCUGGGUGCCAGGAAACAGUGACGUGGAUGAUUUUCAACAAGCCGGUAUACGUCAAUGAAGAAUCCUUGAAAAUACUGCGAGAGAUGAUUCGGGAAGAUAGCAUUAAUCGCACCAGCGUCGCCAACAACUUCAGACCCCUUCAAAUGACCCACUCGAGACCAGUCAGGACCAACAUCAACUUCAGCGUUAGUUACUUUGCACUGUCGAUUUGCAUUGUGUUUGGUGUAUUGUUUGGAGGUGUUUUUCUCAUCUACGUUGUGUGA